AGAUUGUGAUUUUCAUUUCAAAAAAGAAAAAACCCCAUAGGAAUUAGGAUCUACUUCCUUCCCUUCAACACCCAUACAACCUCGCCGCCGUCCAACCUCCCACACCCAACCCUCACCACCGUCUAACCGCAAACCGCCACUCGCUGCGUUAGGGUUCUUUCAACUUCUCUGCCCUCAGCCUCACUUUAUGACUACCUCCAUGGCAGCGUGAUUCUGAAAUUCCAUUCAAAUUGUGGGAUUAAUUGAAGGGGUUAGGGUUUUUACUUCUUCUGAAAUCAAUCAAUUUAUCAAAAUGUCAAUUUCACAAGAACUAUAUCCAUCAGAAGACGACCUAGUUUACGAAGAAGAGUUACUUCGUAACCCUUUCAGUCUCAAACUAUGGUGGCGUUACCUUAUCGCUCGUUCAGAUUCACCUUUCAAGAAACGCUUCGUCAUCUACGAACGUGCCCUAAAAGCUCUUCCUGGAAGCUACAAGCUUUGGUACGCUUACCUCCGUGAACGUCUCGAAAUCGUUCGUAGCCUCCCUGUUACUCACUCUCAAUACGAAACCCUAAACAACACAUUCGAACGUGCCCUUGUUACUAUGCACAAAAUGCCUCGUAUUUGGAUCAUGUAUCUCCAAACCCUGACUCAUCAGAAGCUCGUUACUCGAACGCGAAGGACGUUCGAUAGAGCACUCUGUGCACUUCCUGUUACUCAGCAUGAUCGAAUUUGGGAACAUUAUCUAUUUUUUGUUAGUCAGAAGGGUAUCCCAAUUGAAACCUCUCUUAGGGUUUAUCGCAGGUAUUUGCAAUAUGACCCUUCUCAUAUUGAGGAUUUUAUCGAGUUUUUAAUUAAUUCAAGUCUUUGGCAAGAGUCUGCUGAGAGGUUAGCUUCUGUUUUGAAUGACGAUAAAUUUUAUUCAAUAAAGGGAAAAACAAAGCAUAGGCUUUGGUUGGAGUUAUGUGAUUUGUUGACUAGGCAUGCCAAUGAUGUGUCUGGGUUGAAUGUGGAUGCUAUUAUUAGGGGUGGGAUAAGGAAGUUUUCUGAUGAGGUUGGUCGGUUGUGGACUUCACUUGCUGAGUAUUACAUUAGGAGGGGUUUGCAUGAGAAGGCUAGGGAUGUGUUUGAGGAGGGUAUGUCUACUGUUAUUACUGUAAGAGAUUUCAGUGUCAUAUUUGAUUCGUACUCGCAAUUUGAAGAGAGCAUGCUUGCUUAUAAGAUGGAGGAUAUGGGUUUGAGUGAUGAAGAAGAUGAACAAAAUGAAGAUGGGGUGAAGGACGAGGACGAUGAAGAAGAUGAUGAUAUUCGUUUUAAGUAUGAGGACUUUGAGAAGAAGAUUCUACUAGGAUUUUGGCUGAAUGAUAAAAAUGACAUUGACUUGAGAUUGGCUCGGUUUGACUACCUCAUGGAGAGGAGACCUGAAUUGGCUAAUAGUGUGCUUUUGCGUCAAAAUCCUCAUAAUGUGGAACAGUGGCACAGGAGGGUGAAGCUUUUUGAGGGUAAUCCCACUAAGCAGAUACUCACUUACACAGAGGCUGUGAGGACUGUUGAUCCCAUGAAGGCGGUGGGAAAACCUCACACGUUAUGGGUGGCUUUUGCCAAGCUUUACGAGCAGCACAAAGAUCUUGCCAAUGCUCGCGUCAUUUUUGACAAGGCAGUGCAGGUGAACUACAAAACUGUGGAUAAUCUUGCUAGUGUCUGGUGUGAGUGGGCCGAGUUAGAGUUGAAACAUAAGAAUUUCAAAGGAGCACUCGAGCUUAUGAGGCGGGCUACGGCAGAGCCAUCAGUUGAGGUCAAACGAAAAGUGGCUGCUGAUGGGAAUCAACCGGUUCAGAUGAAGCUGCAUAAAUCUUUGAGAUUAUGGACCUUUUAUGUUGAUUUGGAGGAAAGUCUAGGUAAUUUGGAGUCUACCCGGGCAGUUUAUGAACGGAUUUUGGAUUUACGAAUAGCCACGCCACAAGUAAUAAUCAAUUAUGCAUACUUUUUGGAGGAACACAAAUACUUUGAAGAUGCUUUUAAGGUUUAUGAAAGAGGAGUUAAGAUAUUUAAGUACCCACAUGUUAAAGACAUCUGGGUCACAUACCUGUCUAAAUUUGUGAAGAGAUAUGGAAAGACAAAGUUGGAGAGAGCAAGAGAGCUGUUUGAGAAUGCAGUUGAAACGGCUCCUGCUGAUCAAGUGAAACCUCUCUAUCUGCAAUAUGCUAAGCUGGAGGAGGACUAUGGACUAGCAAAGCGAGCUAUGAAGGUUUAUGAUCAAGCAACCAAAGCUGUGCCCAACAAUGAGAAGUUAAGCAUGUAUGAAAUAUAUAUUGCUCGUGCAGCUGAGAUAUUCGGUGUACCCAAAACACGUGAGAUCUAUGAGCAGGCAAUUGAAUCUGGUCUUCCAGAUAAGGAUGUCAAAACUAUGUGUUUGAAGUAUGCUGAGCUGGAAAGAAGCUUGGGAGAAAUUGAACGUGCUCGUGGAAUAUAUGUAUUUGCGUCUAAGUUUGCUGAUCCACGGUCUGAUCCAGACUUUUGGAAUAAGUGGCACGAAUUUGAAGUUCAGCAUGGAAAUGAGGACACCUUUAGGGAAAUGCUUCGAAUUAAACGAAGUGUCUCUGCAAGCUACAGCCAGACACAUUUUAUACUGCCGGAAUAUCUGAUGCAGAAGGAUCAAACUGUGAAUCUUGAUGAAGCCAAAGAGAAAUUAAAAGAGGCUGGGAUCGCUGAGGACGAAAUGGCUGCUUUAGAAAGGCAAUUAGCCCCAGCAGCUGACAAAUCGGUGACAAAAGAAAGAAAAGUUGGGUUUGUGAGUGCUGGAGUUGAAUCACAAUCCGAUGGAGGGAUAAAAACUAAUACAAAUAAUGAAGAAAUUGAGUUACCAGAAGAAAAUGACUCUGAUGAUGAUGAUAUUGAGAUUGCACAAAAAGAUGUUCCUUCUGCUGUUUUUGGUGGUUUGAUUAGAAAGAGAGACGAGAUUGAAAAUAAUGGAGAAGUAGAUGGUGGUGCAAAAGAAAAAGACAAUGAAAAUCGGCUCGGUGCCCUUGAGAGAAUUAAGAAGCUGAAACGAAAUUAAAUGUUGAGUCAUAGUAUUCCAGUUAGAAUUUUUUAUAGCAUGAAAUCAAAUUUUGAUGAUUUGUAUUGUGUACCAUCAAUCUAACCAGAGUUGGUUUUACUGUAUUUUAACCUGUACAUCUUACAGUAAAUUGUACUAGUUCCUAAGUUGCACGUCUAUUCCUUUCGCUCGUCAGCUUCGUGCCAUGAUGUUGCAGCAAAAUAUUUGUGCGUCGAGAGGAGUUUUCUAGUAUGUUGAUGUUGUGAGAAAACAAGCACAGAAGAUAUGUUAGAUUUGGUAGUUAUUACAUAAAAGACAUGCGCAAACAUGUUAAGGUUCUACGGAAUGAAAGUUGUCCGCUCUGUUAUUCA